GUCAAUAUUCCACGCACGCUGCGCUGCUUACCUCUUUUUUUUUCCCUCUUUCAACUAGCGUCAUGAGUGGAGAAAAUUACAUUGGUUCAAAGAUUUCGCUGAUCAGUUUAAGCGAUAUUCGUUACGUGGGAAGACUUCACAGUAUCAAUGCACAGGACUCUACCGUAGGCCUCGAACAAGUACGCUCGUACGGCACCGAAGGUCGUCGUGGAAAACCGGAGGAAGAGAUUCCCCCAUCGGAUAAUGUGUUUGACUUUGUGGUAUUCCGUGGAUCGGAUAUCAAGGAUCUCCAAGUGUUUGAAGCACCUCCUAAACCGGCUCCCCCACCACCACCACAAACCAUGCCCCAAGACCCGGCCAUCAUGAGCAUGAAUGGCUAUCCUGCCAUGAAUCCUUAUAUGGCGCCUCCUCCGUCGUACUUGCAACAACAGCGUCCUCCUCCCUCCGCGGCGUACUGGCCGCAGCCUAUGCCCAACAUGUACCCACCUAACAUGAUGCCGCCGCCUCCCAUGGACAACCCGCUCGUCACUACGCCUCAAACUAAACCUGAAGCGCCCAAGAUGCCCGAAGAGGAACCGUUAACAGGGGUAAAAACCGAACCGGAAGAACCGAAAACUCAAUCCCUCAUUAGCGAAACCCAGAUUGAAGAACUGGCGAAAACCGUGAGUGAGAUGCAACUGCCUGCCGAGCAGGAAGUCGAAGUGGCAGCGACGCAAACGUCACCUUUGGAUGCUACCACCUCAGCCGGCGCAACCGGUCGUCGCCGCGGCGGCAGUGAAAGUAUGCGUGGUGGUCGUGGUGGUGGUCGUUAUCAUGAUCAGCGCACGGGAGGGACACGCAUGGGAGGUCACAAAAGCGACUUUAAUGUACCGAAAUCCGACUUUGAUUUCGAAUCGGCCAAUGCCAAGUUCAACAAGGAUGAGAUUGUCAAGGAAGUGGUUUCAAAGAAGGGCGAUGAGGAAACGACGACGCAUGCAGAGGCGGAAGAGGAGAUUUAUAUCCCUCCAGCAGACGAACAGUUCUACGACAAGACAUCGAGCUUCUUUGACAACAUCUCGUGCGAAUCCAAGGAACGUAGCGAGAAGGGAAUCAGCGAACCUCGACGAAGACAUUUCCAUGAAGAACGCAAAUUGAACAUGGAGACAUUUGGUCAGGCAUCUGUGGAUCAAUCCAGACAUCGCCACAACUACCGUGGUCGUGGUGGCUAUCGUGGCCGUGGAGGUUACUAUCGCGGCGGUAACCGUAACAACUACAACCAGAACAACAACUUCCGUCAGAACAGAGCGCCACAAUCGGUUCAAGAGCAAUAAUCAACAACCAGAAAGUAUUCAUCUACACCAUUUUUUUACGUCAAAUGGGAAUGGCGGUUUUGCAGUCAUGAAAUUGAAAAUGGAACAACAGCUCUCUUGAUUGUAUAAUCAUCGUGCAAGCCGUUUCUUUAUGUUUUUUGCCUUGAUUUCUUUUUGUUACUUGUCUGUUCUGUCUUUUCUUCUUAUCGGGCUUAGGUGAUGUUUUUACAGGGAAUCUUUUUUUCUUUUUCCUUUUUUUCUAUUCUUUUCAAACCCACCAUAUUCUUUAACACCAUUCCAAUUCUCAUUAACAAAAAUUGAACUUGUUUAAUUCUUUA